GCGUUCCACAUCCUUGUCCCAAAUCGAUUGCAACUCAGAAUCAGAUCGAUUAUGUCGGGCCGCGGGAAGGGAGGCAAAGGGUUGGGGAAGGGCGGCGCCAAGCGCCACCGCAAGGUCCUCCGCGAUAACAUCCAGGGCAUCACCAAGCCCGCCAUCCGCCGCCUGGCGAGGAGGGGCGGCGUCAAGCGCAUCUCCGGCCUCAUCUACGAGGAGACCCGGGGUGUCCUUAAGAUUUUUCUCGAGAACGUCAUCCGUGACGCCGUCACCUAUACUGAGCAUGCCCGACGCAAAACUGUCACUGCCAUGGAUGUCGUCUACGCCCUCAAGCGCCAAGGCCGCACUCUCUACGGCUUCGGCGGCUAAACGUCAAUAUGGCACAAGGGUAGUGCCUGAUAGAAUUGUAAUCACAAUCUAUCAGUGUUAGAUACAAAAUAUUGAAUAUUGCCGUUGCUGAACUUCAUCACAUUGCCUCCUUUGGAAAUCCAAGCAUUCGUGUCACCUUAUCCCAUCCGGCGUUUUCGUCCAACGCAGGUUCAUGAUGCAGAUGCACCCCUACACCCUCUACUGUGUUCAAGCGGCGACCAUAGGGUUACGAAUUGGAGGUGGCAGUGUAUUUUCUUUUCUUUUAAUUUUUUGGUAGUGCAUGUAUCAGUUCAUCGUAUUAAUCAGGGAUGUGAUUGAUCCGGUCUCAAUAUAAAGUUUCUUAUCGACUAUCAUGUAAA